AUGGCGACCGCAACUGUGACCGAGAUGGUCACGAUGACAGUAAACGCGACAGCUGCGACCGCAUCCUCAAGUACAGACGGGAAUCGAGCACCACCGCAAGGAGGUAUUCUAGAAGGCAUUGAUCCUACACACUAUGAUUCAAAGAACCCGAUCAUCCUCUUCAUCAUCCAAGCCGGUAUAAUCAUUAUCUUCUGCCGUCUCCUCCACUGGCCCCUCUCCAAAAUCCGCCAACCUCGCGUCAUCGCCGAAGUCAUCGGAGGCAUCAUGCUAGGACCCUCAGUAAUGGGUCGUAUCCCAGGCUUCAGCGAAACGAUCUUUCCCCAAGCCUCGAUCCCGAACCUCAAUCUCGUCGCGAACUUGGGUCUCGUACUGUUCUUGUUCCUGGUGGGAUUGGAAGUGGAUUUGAGAUUCUUCGUAUCGAACUGGAGGGUUGCAUUGAGUGUUGGUGCUGCGGGAAUGGCACUCCCUUUUGGAUUGGGAUGCGCAAUAGCUUGGGGAUUAUAUCAUGAGUUUAAGGAUGAGCCGAAUAUUGUGGAUAUUGAUUUUGGGACGUUUAUGUUGUUUAUUGGUAUUGCUAUGGCUAUUACGGCUUUCCCUGUGCUCUGCCGUAUUCUGACUGAGUUGCAAUUGCUCGGGACGUCUGUUGGUAUCAUUACGCUCUCCGCUGGUGUGUCAAACGAUGUCGUGGGCUGGAUUCUUCUCGCGCUCUGCGUCGCUUUGGUCAAUGCUGGAAGCGGUCUGACAGCAGUCUGGGUGCUGCUGACCUGCGUGGGCUAUGCACUGUUCCUGGGAUUCGCGGUUCGUCCAGCAUUCAUGUGGUACCUUCGCCGCAGCCGUGCUUUGCAAGAUGGUCCAUCUCAGGCAGUCAUUGUCGUGACUCUCCUGAUCUGUCUCGGAUCCGCGUUCUUCACUGGAGUGAUUGGUGUGCACGCAAUUUUUGGAGCAUUCAUGGCUGGCUUGAUCUGUCCACACGAAGGAGGUUUCGCUAUCAAGAUUACCGAGAAGAUUGAGGAUCUCAUUGGUGCCAUCUUCUUGCCAUUGUACUUUGCACUUUCCGGACUCUCCACAAACAUCGGACUUCUCGACAAUGGCAUUACCUGGGCAUAUGUGAUUGGCGUCAUCGCAAUCGCUUUCAUUGCCAAAUUCGUUGGAGGCACCCUCGGAGCUAAAGCUAAUGGUUUGGUCUGGCGAGAGUCUUUCACGAUUGGCGCUCUCAUGUCCUGUAAAGGUCUUGUCGAGCUGAUCGUGUUGAACAUUGGUCUACAGGCUCGCAUCCUGAGCACACGAACCUUCACCAUCUUCGUCGUCAUGGCAUUGGUCACGACCUUUGCCACCACUCCAUUGGUCCAAUGGCUCUACCCACCUUGGUAUCAGCGCAAGCUGGAAGCAUGGAAGCGUGGCGAGAUCGAUUGGGAUACUGGCAAGCCUCUCAGUGACAGCGAAACCGACAGUGUGGUCCAGGAGAAGCAGGAGGCCACCAAGGUUCGCAAUCUGCUUGUCUACUUGCGACUCGACAAUAUGCCGACUCUGCUCGCAUUUGUGUCUUUGCUCGGCACCAAGCCGACUGAGAUCGUGCAAAAGGAGCAUCCUUCAAAGGAGCACGAGAAGCGCGACCCGAGCAUCAUCGAGAUCCCUACCAACAAGAGGGUUUCUGUCCAUGGAGUGCGCAUGGUCGAGCUGACAGAACGUGGAUCGUCUGUCAUGCAGGUCACCGAAGUCGACGAGUACUCAUUAUUUGACCCCAUCCUGAACGCGUUCAGAGUCCUAGGCCAGAUGUUCAACCUGACAGUUUCUGGCGAAGUCACCGUCGUUCCCGAGAGCGGUUUCGCAGACACCCUAGUCCACAAAGCCACAGAAGACGCCUCCGACCUCCUCCUCAUCCCCUGGAGCGAAACCGGAACCCUCAGUGAAAAGCAAGUCGUAUCAAACGACAACAUCAGAAACAAACUCGACAGCGCGUCUUACCGAGGCUUCGUACGAGAAGCCCUCAACACCUCCCAAUGCAACACAGCAAUAUUCAUCAAUAAAGGCUUCUCCGGAUCCUUGAAGCAAAAACCACUACAACUCCACCGCACAGUCAGCGCAAUGAGCAUCCGCAGCGCACGCGACCAUCAAACAACCCUGUUGAACGUCGAUCAAAGCCAUCAUGUCUUUAUGCCGUAUUUUGGAGUUGGAACGGAUGAUCGCGUGGCUUUACGUCUCGUCCUGCAACUCGCGGAAAAUACGGGUGUGACAGCUACAAUCGUACACUACGAAUCGGAAGAUAAAAUUGAAAGUGCUUCUACGGAAGAGACAAGCAUGCCAACCAAGCAACAUUCCGAAUCCAAGCGACCCGAAAUCUUCAAAGCAUUAUCCUUGAUGUCCAAGGGUUCGAACACCAUUGGCAGCGGGAACGGUAACAACAACGGAUCCCAUUCAGCUUUCUUCACCACGUUGCAAAAGUCUAUCUCCGCAGACGUGGCUCGACGAGUCGUCUUCGAUACUGUACGACACAGUAAAGAUCCGAUCCAAGAUGCACUUGCCAAAGCGCAGGAAGAAGUUGCGCAAAAUCCGAAGAAUGGCGGGGAUAUUAUUGUGGUGGGGAGACAUAUUAAUCAGUUUAAGAAUGGACUUAACAGUUCUGACUGUUUGGGUACGCCCGCGGAUACUUUCGCCAGUAGUGGGAUUCGGGCCAGUUUGCUGGUUGUACAGGCGAAGACGCCUGGGUCGGCGUGAUAGAUGCGAUGGGAGAUGCAUGGGAUGGGCGUUUGAUUUUGGCAUAUGCAUUGUCAGAGGAAGGGAAGCAAGCUUGGGAUAAGCUGAUCACGAAGUUAUGAUAUUCACACGCAACAACUGGAGCAGGUCGAGGUUGACGGAGCGAGAAUCUCCGUACCCAUGCCGGGUAGAGCAGAGUAGCUCUUCUUCACCCUGCUGUUGGUAGACUUUUCGCAAUUGGGAAACCACACUCACACCCAC